GAGCACCAUCUGGAUUGGCAUGAAAUACAUCUGGAAAAUGGUGUGGAGCGGGACAUAAUUCACUAAGAAAAGCUUCCCUGCACGAAGAGACUGAAGCUUAUGCAUCAAAAUGCUGAUGAGGAAAGCUGAGAAUUGCGGAGGAACCAUCCUUGACCUAUCCCUGAAAAUUUCAUGAGUGUUUGGUUGCAAACAUUGGAGGAGACUUGCCAUAGAAACCAAAAUGAAUUUUGGCUUGAACUCAUGAAAGACCUCAUACCAGAACUUUUUCUGGGCUAUUGGACUGCACCGUAGUAUUUGUACUUGAACUGGGUGGCACUUGACUCCUCAGGUGGGUCCACUGGAAUGAAUGGAAUACUUUAGGAGCAAGAUGCUGUCUGAGAAGCUUAAAGGAGGCAGAACUGGCCCUCAGCCAAAUCUUAUUUGAUCAGUGGAUGCUUUAGGUAAGAUCAAUUUGCCAUGUAAAAUUAGGAAAAAACCAGAAUCCUGAAAACGAAAAUCGGAAAGACUGUUCUGUUACAAAUGGCCAGUAAUGCAUAUAUCAUGUCAUCUCAGUGAUAAGCAUAAGGUCACUAUAUGACACGUUUUGUGAUUUAUUUAUUUAUUUAUUCAUUGUUGCUGUAGUCAAAGGUAAGGACUGUUAAAUCUUUUCAUUUAUAAAAGCAUUAGUCCUUAUAGGCAGUAUAUUUAAUCUAGCUUUUCCAGUCAAAUCAGUGAAUUGGUCUAUAGAUAUUUUUUAUUAUUGCACGUUCUCAUUGUGACCCUGGUUUACUUGUGUUCUGACUGUUUAUCGAUAUAGUAUCUGGACCAUGGGGCUUUGGAUCAAAAAACGUUGGUGUUGGAGUCUCUGGCAGAGUGUGCUAGCUAACUAAUAUUGAAAGUGCACAUGCCUGUUUAGAUUUAUAGUUGUUAUAUAAUCUGUUUCUUCAUAGUCAUUUAUAUUGCUCCAGAGAGGGAGGAGAUGAAGGCUACUGUUACACUUCUUUGCGUUGUGAUGAUAGCUUGUGCAAUUCCAGGAACCUUUCUCACAAAUCUUCCUUUUGUAAGGGCUGGAGGUUUUAGUGGUCAUUCACACUGGUGAGUUAAGUGAAUGAGGAGUUUAACUCACUAAUGUGAAUUUAACUCACUGAUGAAUUAUAUGAAUGAUGUGAGUUAAUUACUCUUGUGAUUUGUUUUCUCUGAAAGCAGUGGAGACUUUUUCACUUGCUAUUUACUGUUCUAAAGGGUUCACUUCUGGCCAAAGUCGCCUUUCUGUUGUAAGAAGAAAUUAUUUCUGUAAGUAAAUUUUGCUUUGCAGCAAAAUGAACUGCCUUUUCUCUCAAUUCCACUGAUCCCUCCUUUUCUUUAAAUAACCUGAAACACCCACUACUUGUUUUUUCCUCUCCCCUCAGAUACAUCAAACUGAAGCAGGAAAUGACAGCAUCGAUGGAGAACCUGAGGCAGGCUCUACUCCUUUUUAUCCUCCUCCUAAUUCUCUUGCAUUCUCUUUGUUUCCUACUCCACAGAAACCAAAAAUUCUUCAACCUUUUCCUCCCUUUCUGAAAGGGAUUUUCUGGACGAAAAUGCACAUUUUGUCUUGGAUCUCAAGCUCUCUGUUAUUUAGAGGUGGAUUCUCGUAUUUCUCAGGCUGUUUAAGCAUCACAAGAAUCAAAAUCCCUGUACUCUUCAAAAAUUGAAUUGAAUUGUUACUCUUAUAGUAAUUUUUAAUUUCAAGAGUUGGUUGCUCCUUUCUGACCUGAUAGAUCGCUCAGCCCAACCUGCGGGUAAGAAUCGUUAUUGGCAAGUCUGAGUGCUUGAAGUCCCCAGAAAAGUUCGGAGUGACAAAACAGGUGUAGUUUUGAAAGAACGGGGCACAAUCCUGUUGGCAGGACAAGGUAAGCCUGUCACCACGUUUGUCACCUCUGACAAUAUCUGCCAUCCAUCUAGUCCUCAUUAGGCAUAACUAUAAUGAAUAUUACAGUGUUGGGGCAACCACUUUUUUUUGUUUGUUUGUGCAAGGCCCGGCACAUCUUUGGCAUGACCACUAUAGGCAUAAUGAAUGCUUCAACGGAACGAGAUCAGAUUCUUCAGCAGCGUGUUGAGGUGCUGCUGCUGUCUCCUAGGGAAUGUAUCUCGUUGCUGCACUGCAAACCUGACAACUGCAAAUAAUUCCAGCAUUAGUUGCAUUAAAAUAAUUGAGCUCUGUUAUUAAUUCAGCUGAAGGGAAUGUGAAAUUUCAAGGGCAAGGGCCCAUAUGUUCAGGAAAAUGCUUCUGCUUCUGCCAAAUACAGCAAAUAACGAAGCUAAGGUGAAGCACAGUAAUUGUGGGACCUCAGUUCUAAAAUGCCCAAGCAUGUGAGAGUUGGGGAUCUGAGAGAGACAGAGGGAGACAGACAAUUGACUUCCUGUCUGACCCUGGGAGUUAUUAGGUUGCAUUGCUAAAAAUGUUCUUUAUUUGGAGUACGUUCAUUCUGGGGUGCCCAGACGUGGCUAGCUUUAGGGUUUCUUUGUGUGUGUGUGUGUGUGGUUCCCCCCUGCCCUGAGGUGCUGAACGCCUAAAGCUUGCAAUUAAAAACUUGAGGUUUUUAAGUGGAGCUGGUAGAAAAUCUGACGGACACUGAUUAUGAGGUUGUUUACUGGAACUGCUAGCCAGGCACCAAGGAAGGGAUUUCUCUGCCCAAGCGUCAAAGGUCUGCACUAUACAAUGUACAGUCUACGUUGGAGCUGGUGACGCUUCAGAAGAGAGAAACAGAUGCUUUACAGGUGCAAUUUAUUUCAUCCUAAAAUAGGCAUCUAAAAUGGGUCAGAUGAUUUGUGCCGUAAAAGCUGCUUGUUUUCUCUGACUGUAAAGGAAGCCUAAUCAUAGACAUCUAAAAAUAGGUUAAUGAUCCUAUCUGCUGUAAGGAGGCAAAGGAAAAGGGCUAUCCUUUUUGUUAAAAUGUAUGGCCAUACCUUUAGGGGGCCCUAUAGAUCUGUAUUUCAGGACUAUAGGCCUGAUGUUCCUAUGAUUUGGGGUUUUUUUUCUUGUUUUUUCAGUGAGGAGAACUAGGCAAGUUUUAAAGAACAAGUAUAAGUCGAACUUGCGCGUGAUUCCCCACUGCAAAACAAGAAUGGUUACUUCCAUCUGCUGUACCACAGCAUUUGCGACUUGAUGGUUUCCUAGUGAGAAGAGUGAAAUGUAAAUGCCAUCCUUUAAAUGUCUAAAAUGUUAUCAUUAGCCACUGCCUUUUUCUGUCAUAUUAACACUGCUAAAUGCCGGUAAUAUUUACUCAUACUUUAAAGAACAAGCAAAAUGCGCUUGCUUGGAUUCUGUCUAGGUGCACAGGGGGCCAAAAAAAAAAAAGAAACUGCUUCUCCCCUUUUGUGUCCACAACCGCUAGUUGCGGUUUAUCCACCUGCAAUUAUCACCAGUUGUGUGUCUCACCAGCUUCCAGUCCUUCAUUUAUUUAGAAACAUUAUGCCUUGGAAGAACCUGCGUGCUGGAGCCCUGUGCAGUGGGAGGUGCGACAGCUACCCUUGCAGGGCAGCGCUGCUCACUCAGAGGAGUUUUGUUGUUGAUUUAACGGGAAUCGGACUGGGCCCAUGCGAACCAUCUAGAGACAGAAAGACAUAGCUAAUUUGCGGCAUUCAAUCCCCGUUUUAAAGAAGCAGAGCAAUGGAGUACAGAUUUGGUGCUGGGUAAUUUGUGGGUCUAAUGUUGUGCGUUCUGGGAAAACUAAUGUUUUAACGACUAUAGUUUUCCUUUCUAUUCCAAAUUUAAAACGCGACAUUGCAUUUUAGCACCUGUCACUAGUAAGUACUUGGCAAAUGGAUUUAGAUCUGCACAUAAGCCGUGAGCUGGUUAGUGCUUGGAAGAAGGAGGAGAACUCAUGCCUUGAGUUCUGACCUGAUUCUGAUUUUUCUUUCUCUAGUUCUCUGUCUUUUUGGUUUUGGCGCUGCUGUCAAAGCUGGCAGUUGUAAUCAGAAGAAAAGUGCACUAACAGGGUAAGGACUAUGAAACUAUCUUGGAUUUUGGUACUGUGCACUGAAGAAAGAUAGAACCAUACUACUUUUGGAAAAAUAACAGCUUUUGAGCCUGAGAGGUCUAAAUUGGAGGAGAACUGCUUUUAUAUACCUCCACGCAUCAGCUUCUCCGCUGCCGCGCCAGCUUCUGUCUUCGUUUUGGCUUCUCUAAUCCCUCCUGCUGUCUGCAUUUGUAUUCUUUCUUGGUCCUCGUGAACACCAUAUCGUCUACCUUAGUCCAAACAAAAAGCUGUGUAUUUGUACAUCUUUGGCCCAGCCCUGCCAGUCGUCUGUCUUCUGAUUCAGCUACCUCCUCCCUUGUAGUCUGAGAAUGCCAUCUUUAGCUUGACCAGUUUUGUCACUGUCUCCCUUACCCUGUUGCUUCUCCUGCCUGCCAUCUCAGAGGACAGAACGACUAAUGGGAAUAGGAAGCAAGGACAGGCGAUGAUUUUCAUACACGUGCGCGGUGGAGCUAUGUGUUACUUCUCAAAGCUGUGAGUCUUAACCAUGUCCGAGUGACCUAUUACUUCGAGCAUAGGAGGAUUCGUUGGGUGGCUAACCUGCUCCUGAUGCUGUUUAUGGAAAUCAUGAGUAACGGGGAAUUAGUGAAGUGAAUCAGGAAGAAAAAAAAGCUUAGUUAAAUCACUGCUUGCAGCAUUACUCUUUUGGACAUAGUUUUCAAAGCUAGUCUGUGAAUUGCACCUGAUGUUAAAUUGAAACAGGUUUCGAUUCAUAUUUUUCUAAUUGUAGGUAGUGCUUUCCAAAGGAACUUAAGUAAAUACACAAAUUGCAUUUAAAUUCUAGUCAGGCGUUUUGAGGAUUUAGGUGGGAAUUGGCACCUCAUUGCAAUAGGCAGGUAAGGCAUGUCUGCACUUACUUGCAAGAGCACAGCACGUCUGUGAGCGACAAACAGGCCUGGGUGGGGCUAAGGGUGCAGUUUGAGUGUCUAAGCCUGAAAAUACGGUGCGGAGAAAGGUAAUGGAAAACCUUACCAGGAAACUUUCUGCAGAAGGAAAAAACAGCAAUUGAUGGACUUCUUGACUAUUUCAUGGAAGUUUUGAAUGAUUCAUUAAAAAAAAAAAAAUUCUGGGUAGUUUAAAAAAAAAAACAAAAAACAAAAAACUUUUCUUCACUUUUCUAAAUUUGUACUAAGUAGCAUUUAUUUAUUCUGUGUCUUCAAAUAAUCCUUUCACAUAUGUUAAGUAACUUCAUAUACCCCUGCAGACAGAGGAAAGCAGUUAUGCCUGUACUUAAACGAAGAUCUUCAUGUGCUUAAAUUGUUGAUAGGAUGAUUCCCUUGCUUCACAUCAAAGAUGCGCCCAAGGUGCUGAAUAAUACUUAGGAGUAAAAAUGUCAUCUUCAAGUCAAAAAGACGUGCCCCCAGGCCUGUGGGACACUGAUGAGAGCAGGGGAGGUGUAUCUUCCCGGACCCACUCAGCCAAGGCCAAUGUCCGGAUGUUCCCAGAGCAGCCAGUCAGUGGGCACUGAGCGGUGAUAACACACAUGCAAUAAAUCCCAUUGCCAGUGAUAGAAGAGAUAGCACUGACUGUCAGGGCAGCUCUGAUAGCAAAGGUAAGGAAGAAGAUGCCAAAGAGCACGAUGGAGACUGAGAGCAAGAAUGCAGGAGACUGUGCUGGGAUACAGAGAAGAAAAACCUCGGGGUCAAGAAUAACGAAGGCGAUGAAAGGGAGAGCAGCAGAAAGGCAGGCUGGAGUGCAGAUGGAAACAGCGGCAGUGUGAAGCUGUGGGGACUAUAAUCGACAUGAAGACUGCUUUCUUGAUCAUCUUCCUCUGGGCUUUAGCCUACGCUCACCCUGUGCCCAACCACAUGUCUGCUCAUCCCAGGAGCUCUGCCAAGCUGGAGGACACAGUGAGUGAAGACAAUAUGAACGAGCUGGCCGACUGGGAUGACGGACAAGAUAGAAGCCCUCAUGCCAGUAGAGAAAGGGGAGACAUAGAUGUUGCGGGGGACUCUCAUGAUCCUGCAGACGGAAAUGAUGUUGAUGAAGAGAUUGCUGAGCACAACGGUGGUGCUGAGAGAAUCAGAAUUAGGGAGGCUCAGCAUAAGAACUGGGUCGAUCAUGAGGACACUAGUGACCUGGAUGAGGUAGAAGACCAACAUGAAAAUGGCCUUGGCCAACACCUGGAUGAGAAGCGUUUCCUGGAGGAGGAUGUGCACGAUGCUGACAACGGUGACCAGGGAGAGCGCUAUGGCGCCGAAAGCCAUGGGUCCAAACGUUACGACGUGGGAGACAACAGGCUUCUCUACAGACCCACUGGAUUCUUCCCCAGAGGGGGCUACAGGGGGAGAAGUGACUUGGUAGAUGAGGAGGACGACAGCGGAGAUGAUACUUUUGAUGAGGACGAGGGAGAGGAGAAGGGCGAAGGCCCUACUUACACCGUUCGCCCCAAUGAAGCAGGUGAACACGACACGUUUGGUGAUAAUGACCAAAAUGGUGGCCGCAGGGAUACCGGUAUGAGCAGAAGACCACACGACGACAGCAGCAGCAGCAGCAGUGAAAGCAGGAGCCUGGAUCACAGGGAGUACAAAAACUACAUUGCCAGCAGGUAUGGCCGAACCUACAGAAGGAGAGGCGACAGUGACAGCAGCAGCCAGGAGGAGAGGUAUGAUUUUGACAACGAAGAAAUGCAGGGCGAUGACCCAUCCAUCUUUGAUGGUUUUGGCAGCUAUUCCAAAGGGCUUCGCACUGCCUUUCGUUCCAAAGAGAGCAGCCAGGAAAGCAGCAGGGAGGCAGGCAAGGCCGUGCUGAAGGUCAGCGAUCAAUCGGAGGAAGAGUCCCGCAGCGAAGAGUUCCCCAAUGGGCCCGACGACUCAGAAGAGGAUGACAGCCUGCAACAUGACGACAGCGAGUCCGUGGAAGUGGGGGAUGCCGACUCCAGAGAAGACAGCCAGUCUGCCGAAGACAAGAGCGAGUCUGAAGAGCAUGUUACCAGUCAAUCCAAGGAAAACAGUGCCGACAAAUCCGGGGAAGAUGCGGACAGCCGCUCCAGGGAAGAUGGGGACAGCAAAUCCAGGGAGGAACUUGCCAGCCAGUCAGAUGAAGAGAAUAGGAGUAGGGAAUCGCAGGAAGAAGACUCCAAAGAAGCGGUCAGCAAAUCAAGUGAACGCAGUGGUAGCAAGUCUGAAGAGGGGCAGGAAGACAGAGAGUCGGCUGAGGACAACAGCAAGCCAUCCGGGCUUGACAGUGAAUCUGCAGAAGAUGAGGGGGACCAGAGCGAAUCCAGAGAGGAGAGUGAAUCCCCUGAGGACAGCUUGGAGUCAGAAGAGGACGGGAAUGACUCCCACCCUGGUGAGGACGCGCUGUCUCGCAGUAAGUCAACUGAGAGCCAAAGCGCGUCCCACGAGGGUGCCAGCAGCGAAGAGGGCCCCACCACUGAUUCCCGUGACGGUGAAGACAGCACAUCUGCAGAGAGCCGUAACAGUGACUCCAAAGAGGAGGAACACAGUCACUCUGCAGAAGAGGACAGUCAGUCGAGGGAGGAUGCCACAAACGAGUCUGCCGGCCACGGAGAUGACAGCUUACCGAGGAGUCUGGAGGGCGAGAACCGAAAACGAAGGCUUCGCGUCUAUCACGACAAACAUGUUGGCGAUUACGAUGACACUGACUGCCAGGAUGGGUAUUAAAAGAUGCCCUACAAACUCAUCUAUACUGGACUUCUUUCUGGCAGGGGAAGGAGUAGUUUAAUUUAUUUCCUACGUAGACAGGUUGAAUUCUUCCCGAGAGCGUGCUGUGAACGAAACGGACGAGGGUUCGUAGGGGCUGACCGUUUCAACUGGAGCUUGCCGAAUGUGAAGGGAAAUGAAAGGUGACACCUAACAUGUGAAAAUGCUAAAACUAAGCAAGAAAAUGGUGUACGGCAUCAAACUGAAUUAGCACACAACAGGAACAAAGCAGAAUAGUAGCUCAUUAGGUGCCAGUGCAAAUGAGAUCAGACCUUACUGAGUGAGGGCCAGGGCGGCACGCCGGCGGGUCGGUUCUGCCUCCAUCUCUUCCGUCCGUUCUGGGAGCGUUGUCGAGAGCUGUGCCUGGAUACGCAGGAGAGGACGGUUCCCUACGGUCACUGCUUGUAUUUACCACUCCCUGAGAAUCCUUUGCCUAGAUCCCAAAGGGGACUUUAAAUUAACUCCGUGUACUGCACAUAAAAAAGGAAAGCUGUAGCCAGUAUACGCACGCUGCAUGUUGGCUCAGCAUGCGUUACGCAGUGUAUGAAGUACCACUUCAGUAUGGGGUGUAUGUAAUAUUUUGUAAUAAAUGUACAGAAAACAUUUUAUUGUACCCUUUUGCAUUGAUGCCACUUGUAUUUCAAAGCUAAAACUAAAUAAUCCUGUUUAUUUCCUUAAUUAAUAUUAAAAACACCAGGCUAAAUAGUCACAUGAUUCGAGAUUUUAUUAUUCUUCUGUCCUGGCAGGGUCAAGUGUUGUGAUUUGGGCCUCAAAUUUCAAGUGAGCAGGAAAUAAAUCCAAGGCUAUUUCCAAGUGGAGAACUGACCGCUUGCGAUCCAGACGCGUCAUGUGCCUGUGUGCUGGUUUUGUGCAGUAAAGUGUCUCUGCGCUCGC